AUGAAGCCGAAACCUAUCGAACUUGACGGCCGAACGGGCGAAGGUGGCGGCCAAUUAGUACGCGUUGCAGUCGGCCUAGCAGCUCUCACAUCUCAACCUGUCAAAAUCACACAUGUGAGAGGCAACCGAGAAGGUGGACGCGGAGGCGGCCUCAAGGUUCAGCACGUUACCUCUAUUCAGUGGCUGGCAGACGUCACUGGGGCAGAUGUGGAGGGCCUGAGUGUAGGAUCCAAGACACUGACUUUUAUCCCCAAGAAAGGCCCGGCGCAACUUAUAGGCCGAUCGUUCGAGAUUAAAGCAGAAACUGAUGCAGCCAGUGCACUGCUGAUUCUACAGGCCAUAUUCCCCUUUGUCCUGUUCGCCAGCAAUGAAAAGGGUGAGCCGCUCAGUAUUACCAUUCACGGUGGCACCAACGUGCAGUGGUCUCUGAGCUAUGAGUAUUUCGACCAGGUCCUCAUGCCAGCCCUCGAAGAGCGGUUUGCCAUCCGGGUAGAGAGAAAACUCAAUGAGCGCAGUUGGAAUACUGGCAGAGCAUCGCCGGGUUCAAUAACACUCACGAUUUACCCCGUGCCAAAAGGUGACAAGCUACACUACUGUCCACCAAAACGAGGCGUAUACCCUGCGUCUUACGAUAUCAAGACAGUCAACAUCAGCAUGAUUGUACCCAGUCAUUCUCAUGAGCAGCUCCAAAAUCAGCUAUUCCGGAACUUGGGGGAGCUUUACCCAGAUGCCGACCUGCAGUUGAAGCUAGUCGAGGAUUCUGGCUCUGAUUCAAAGUGGAACGUGCUUCUCGUCGCGGAGUCACAUGGCGGCAUUCGCUGGGCAACGGACGUCUUGCGAGGCAUGCCCAAGAAGAUGAAAUUACCAGAUACAUUUGUGAAGCAGGUCGCAAGCUCGGUGUGCCGCCACCUCGAUGAGGAGAUAUCGCUGGGGGGGCACGUGGAUGAGCAUCUGCAAGAUCAGUUGGUGGCUAUCCAGGCGCUUUGCGACGGCUAUUCAUCUUUUCCUCGAGGUGAUCAUCCUGGGGAUUCAGAACCGGAAGCCAGAUUGUCGGGCGCCAUGGACAACCUCUCGCUGUCUGGGCACCGCGUACGAAAGGACAAGACGUAUGACCCGUUCGGUCAUGGUUCGAUGCAUACACAGACGGCACGCUGGGUGGCCAGCCAGCUAUUGCCAGCAGCCGAGUUUUACAACCAGGGAGAUUUUGUCAAGGGAGUCGGAUUCUCAUUGUAG